GGAAAUACUUUAAAAUCCAUAAAUUUAAUUUAUGCCAAAAUUAAUUUCGGCAACUUUUUUGCAGUUUUCAAAUUUGCUAAAAAUCAGUGAAUUUUUGUUUUUUAGUACUUCAGGUUUUUUAUUAAAAUGCUUUGAUUUUAGUAUUUAUGACAAAUAAGUUUGUUUAUUAUUUAAAACAGUAUGAUAUUGAGAAAAAAACAACUUUCACAACUUUUUGUAUACUGUUUUGUUAUUUGUUGCAUUUUUGUCAAAUGUCUUUGAACUGAAAAUUUCUACCAACCAAUAUAUUCAAAAAUCUUUAAUUUCCUUUGAAUAGUUUCUAUCAUGAAUGAACCAAAGGCAAGUACUUCAAAAAAACGUGUUCUGGUCGUUGGUGGUGGUUUGGUUGGGUCUUUGCAAGCUUUGUAUCUUGCCAAGCGUCAAUUUAAAGUAGAUGUUUAUGAACACAGACCUGAUCCCCGAAGUCAAAAAUAUGUAAAAGGGCGUAGUAUUAAUCUGGCAUUAUCAGUUCGUGGCCGAGCAGCAUUAAAAGCUGUUGGGGCUGAAGAUCACGUUGUCAAGAAAGGUAUACCUAUGUAUGCCCGUAUGAUUCAUGGAUACAAUGGAAAAAGAAUGCCUAUUCCCUACGGAAAAGAAGACCAAUAUAUUUUGUCUAUUGAUCGCAGAGAGUUGAACGAACAUUUGAUUGGAUUGGUUGACGAGAAUAAGAAUGUAAAUUAUCAUUUUUGUGAUAAAUUUAUUGCAGCUAAUUUCGAAAAAGGGGAGGUAACGUUUGAAAGUAAAGAUGGUAGGCAUAUUGAACAAGCAGACCUUAUUGUUGGAUGCGAUGGUGCAUUUUCCGGUAUACGACGACAGUUAAUGAAAACAGCUAGGAUGGAUUAUUCACAAGAAUAUAUACCACAUGGCUACAAGGAAAUACAAAUGCUGCCUAAUGCAAUGGGUGAUUUUGCAAUGGAGGUUAAUUACCUACACAUCUGGCCUCGCAAUACCUUUAUGAUGAUUGCCUUGCCCAACCAAAACAAAACUUUCACCUGUACUUUGUUUAUGCCUUAUCAUAUAUUUGAUGACAUCAAGACAGACGAAGAGAUCUUACGGUUCUUUGAAAGAGAAUUCCCCGAUUCUAUACCACUGAUUGGAAAGAAACAGAUUAUACAGGAAUACAACACGAACCCUGUGGGAGAUCUUAUUUCUAUCAAAUGUUCUCCAUACCACUACUUAGAUAAGGUGGUUAUAUUAGGUGAUGCAGCACAUGCAAUGGUACCGUUCUAUGGUCAAGGGAUGAACUGUGGCUUUGAAGAUUGUUUGGUUUUGGAUGAAAUGCUUGACAAGUUUGGAUCUAAUAUGAACCAUGCCUUAGCAGAGUACUCAACAUUUCGAAAUCCUGACGCCGAAGCCAUCAUUGAUUUGGCUAUGUAUAAUUAUAUGGAAAUGCGAGCUCAUGUUAAUUCACCAUUGUUUGUUUUAAGAAAGAGAUUUGAUAACUUUCUCCAUUGGCUGGUGCCUAACUAUUGGGUGCCAUUAUACACCAUGACCACCUUUUCACGCAUUAGGUAUCAUGAAGUUGUUGAGAGAAGUAAAAGGCAGGACAAGAUAGUAAACUGCCUGUUAGUAUCGUCAGGUGCUAUUUUUAUAAUCUGUGGAACUGUUUUUUUAUAUAAGAUUAUGCGAAAGGAUACUCCACAGACGUCAUACUUUAAUGCAUUCACAGAAUAUGCAACAGAUUCUAUUACUUAUGUAUACAAUAUCCUACCUGACCUCAAAUCAAAAAUUUAUUAACUUUUUGUGACAUUUGGUGGUAUAAUAAACUUUGUUAGAGAAAUACUAGUAAAAAAUAAGCAGCAUAAGUUUUUUCUAAAAAAUAUAUCACACUUUAAUUCACGAAGUGCAUGAGAAUUAGGUUGUGUCUGAUCGGAAAAAAUUAAUUCCUCACUAAACCUAGCUACUUCUUUGCUUUUCCCAGGCCUCAGUUUGUAAUAAAAUUCUGUCAGUGUUUACUUGCAAAAAGGUAUGUAGGUCUAUGUGUUCAGAUCAUUGUAGUGAAAUAUUAGUUCCUUUUGCAUUACAAAAUUCUUAAAUUUCUUUUUUUUUCCACAAAAAAAGGAGUGCAGAAUUUAUGUGUUUUAAAGGAGAAAGAUUUUGUACUAAAUAUGUAUAAAAACUUAAAAAAAAAAAUUGCAAUUAUCUUUUUAGAUUGUUUGAA